AUGAGGAGGAGCCGACACCGCGCAAAUAUGGGACUUCCUGUGCUUUUCAAAUGGCUUGUAUUCACAGUAUUGGUGCCUGCCUGGCUGGUUGCUGCUCCAAGCGCCAUCCGUGAACGUCCCUGCCCCCAGAGCUGUAGAUGUGAUGGGAAAAUAAUAUACUGUGAAUCCAAUGCCUUCCGUGACGUGCCAGGCAAUGUGUCUGUAGGAACGCAGGGCCUCUCCCUGCGUUACAACAGCCUGGUGAACCUCAGAGCCCGUCAGUUUUCAGGCUUGAGUCAACUGGUGUGGCUGUAUCUUGACCACAACUACAUCAAUGCGGUGGAUGGACAAGCUUUCCAUGGGAUACGGAGGCUCAAAGAACUGAUUCUCAGCUCCAACAAGAUCACACAGCUAAAAAACAACACAUUCCACGAUGUCCCAAAUUUGCGCAAUCUUGACCUGUCCUACAAUAAACUGCAGGUUCUGCAGCCAAGCCAAUUCCAGGGUCUACGGAAACUGCUCAGUCUACACUUGAGGUCAAAUUCCUUAAAAACUGUCCCGAUGCGAGUUUUUCUGGACUGUCGCAAUCUGGAAUUUCUUGAUAUUGGCUAUAACAGGCUACGGAGCCUCACACGUAAUGCCUUCGCCGGACUCCUUAAGCUCAUUGAGCUUCAUUUGGAGCACAACCAGUUUUCCAAGAUAAAUUUUGCUCACUUUCCCCGGCUGACUAACCUGAGAGCACUCUAUUUGCAGUGGAACCGUAUCAAAUCUAUAACCCAGGGCCUACCGUGGAUGUGGACAUCCUUGCAAAAGCUGGAUAUCUCAGGUAAUGAACUCCAAGUGCUGGAUGUGAGUACAUUCCAAUGCCUGCCCAAUCUGCAGACUCUCAACCUGGACUCCAACAAACUCAGCAAUAUUUCCCAGCAGACACUGGAAGCUUGGAUCUCACUCACCACCAUCAGUCUGGCUGGAAAUGUGUGGUACUGUAACCCCAGCAUAUGUCCUCUGGUGGCCUGGCUGAGGGCAUUUAAAGGUAACAAGGAGUCCACUAUGAUUUGUGCGGGCCCUAAGGAGGCACAAGGUGAGAAAGUAAAUGAUGUGGUGGAGAGUCUUAAUAUCUGUACGGCAACACCUACCCCUGUUUCCUCAACCACAUCCGCCCUCACUUCCCCAUCUCAGCCAAAGCUGCAGCCUCUUCCCACACAGUCUGUCGUGGAUAAGAAGCUGAUCUGGAACAGGACGGCCUCCCCCUCUCCCUCUGAGGUCUCCCCCACAAUCCCUUUGCCAGACACUGAGUAUGUGUCCUUCCACAAGAUCAUAGCCGGCAGCGUGGCCCUCCUUUUAUCUGUGGCUAUAAUUCUGCUGGUUAUCUACGUCUCAUGGAAGCGAUAUCCCAGCAGCAUCAAACAGCUACAGCAGCGCUCCAUGGUGAAAAAGCGCCAGAAAAAGGCGCGGGAGACUGAGCGCUCCCUCAAUUCACCACUGCAAGAGUACUAUGUGGACUACAAGCCUACACACUCAGAGACUAUGGAUGUGCUGGUUAAUGGGACAGGACCCUACACAUACACCAUCUCAGGCUCCAGAGAAUGCGAGAUACCACAGCAGCUGAGUGCUCUGACGUUGUACAGGUAUGAGCAGUCGGUGUUGGACUACUGCCAUGCCCACCUGUCACUGCACCUGAAUGUGGGCAUGGAGCCCCCCACUCAGGCCCUGGGAGGUCUGAGGCCAGCCGGGCACAACACGAGCCUUAUGGCUGCCCUCCCCUCCGAGCCUGUACUGCCUUGCUCCCAGACCCACUCCCUCCACCAGUGA